UAUCUAAUUGGAUGUGAAAUGAAAAGCUCCAACGUUUAAGAGAGAGAAAGGAGAGGUGUCUCUUGCAGUAGCUCUUUCAUGUUUGCGAGGUUGGGUUAUGGCUUGAAGGAAUGGAUUCAGAGAGGAACCCUGCCUCUCUGAUUCCAUAACCUUUCCUUCUCUUGGGCUCUCAAUAAUUAUCUCUGGAAAGAACAAACAAGAAAGAAAGUGCCAGAAAGUGAAGGAAAAUAAGAGCAAACACUAAACGUCCUCUUUUGGGAUGUUUGGUCUCCUUGACAACACUUAAUUUGGUGGCAACUGUAUCCAGAUAUGGAUUUAUGUUGGUCAAUCGAAUUUUAUGCGAGGCGAAUCUAUCUCCUUGGGCAGUGGACAGAACUGACUGAAAGUUUGGCUUCAUUCAGGGGCAAAUCUCCUUUGGCAAUAUAAAAUUGGCUUCUGAAAGAAAUAAAAAAUCUUUCGGACCAUUUGGCAAUAUUUAUAUUUAAGAUUCAAAGAUUCGGUUCCGUUGGGGCAAAUCUCCUUUGGCAAAAAUUUCAGAAGUUUCCUCUAGCUGGGUAGGGCUCUUUUGACAGUUAUACUUGCGGAGGUUUCAUAAUUGGGUUGGAAAAUCAUCAUCUUAUCAAUUUGGCCUCGAACGAUAACCUGGCUACUGGGCAGAUCUCCUCUGGCAUUAACUUUCUUUCUUUUGAAACUUUCAAUCAACCGGGUUGGAAAAAUCUCUUUCGGCAGUUCUUCCUAGUGGAAACUUCAGUCCAUUCCUUGGGCAAAUCUCCUUUGGCAGUUCCUUCUAGUGGAAGCUUCAGUCCAUUCCUUGGGCAAAUCUCCUUUGGCAUUUGGGAGUCUUUAGUAGACUCCCUUUAUCGCUUUUGGGCAAAUCUCCUUUGGCAUUAUUCUCCAAUUUUUUUGGAGAUACUAUCUUGGUCUCUGUAUCACAAGAUCAGAUUGACCUAGAAAAUAUAAAUUUGUUGUUGAAGUAUUACAGUGAAUUUUAAUCUUAUCUCAUCCUUUCAUAUCCGAGACGACUUGCUGAUUACCCAUAUCGAGAUAAAAUUUGGACUCGCAGAGGUGUUGAAUGUUCUAAAUCAUCAGGCGACGAGCAUAUCUGGUGAUCCCGGUAUAUAUUCUCUUCUUUUAGGCUACUCCUUCCAAGUAAAUUAUUUUGCACUUGUCAGAGAUUAUCAAGGGUUAAAGUGUGGGUCACUUCAGAAGAAACAUAAUCUGGUUUCUUCUGUUAAUGUGACACAGGCCUCAAAAUGAUGGAUUUUCUCUUGAGUGACUUUGACAGUUCCAGCGAGAGGGGUAGCAUUGAGGAUCAGGAUGACACUGAAAAUUUGUAUGGUGGGCAGGCCAAUAGCAUUUUGUCAAGCCUUGAGGAAAGCAUCAGAAAGAUUGAUGAUUUCCUCUUGUUUGAGAGGGGGUUUGUACACGGGGACAUCGUGUGCUCCAUAAAAGACCCAUCCGGACAGAUGGGAAGAGUGAUCAAUGUUGAAAUGUUUUUGGACUUGGAAAAUGCUCAUGGAAAAAGGAUAAAAAAUGUGAAUUCAAAAGAACUUAAAAGGUAUCAUUCCAUUUCAGUGGGGGAUUAUGUAGUGCAUGGACCCUGGCUUGGGAAAGUGGAUAAAAUAGUAGACUGCAUCACCAUCCUGUUUGAUGAUGGUUCAGAGUGUGAAUUCACCAUGAUGGGUCCAGAGAAGGUCCUUCCUAUUUCUCCUGACUUACUUGAAGAUUCGCAGUACUCUUAUUAUCCAGGACAGCGAGUGCGGGUUGAACUCCCAUCUGUUUCCAAAUCUGCUAGAUGGUUACGUGGGACAUGGAAGGCAAAACAAGAUGAAGGAACUGUUUGUUCUGUCAAAGCAGGGUUGGUAUGUGUUGAUUGGCUUGGCUUUGUCCUGUUCGGUUGUGAAAGGGUGCCUGCUCCCUCAUGUUUACAAGAUUCAAAAAGCCUAACAUACUUGUCAUGUUUUCCACACGGAAAUUGGCAGCUUGGUGAUUGGUGCAUACUUCCAUUUGCAGAUCAUAAUGGUGUUAUGGAGAAGACUUCUUUUAAUGCAUCAACUUGUGAGCCUGUUAAAGAGCAUAAACAAUCAGAAAAAGAAUUUCAGAGAGAAAACUUCAAUCCGAAUUUUCAGGAAAUCUUUGUUACUGUGAAGACAAAGACCAAAGUUGAUGUUUUGUGGCAGGAUGGCAGCCUUUCAUUCGGUUUAGAUUCACAUAGUUUGUUCCCCAUAAAUGUUGUUGAUGCUCAUGACUUUUGGCCUGAACAAUUUGUACUAGAAAAGGGCAGUUGUGAUGAUCCACAUGUUCCAAGUAAUGGAAGAUGGGGUGUCGUGAGGAGUGUUGAUUCAAAGGAAAAAACUGUGAAGGUCAAGUGGGAAGCUUUUGAAGUAGAUCGACUCUCUGAUUUUGAGGAAAAGCAUGUGGAGGAAACUGUGAGUGCUUAUGAAUUGAUUGAGCACCCUGACUAUUCAUAUUGUUUUGGUGAUAUUGUGUUUCGAUUGGAAACGAGCCAGUUAGUUGAUCAUCUUGACGAAAAUUUUUACAAAAGCCAUGUCUUCACAAAAAUGGAAAUGGUUGAGGAGGCUGCUUUUAAGGGUAAGAACUGUGGUGGAGAUCAAAAUGAGUCCCCCAAUAAUAGUUGCCUAUCAUGUAUUGGCAUUGUUAUGGGCUUAAAAGAUGGGGAAGUUGAAGUGAAAUGGGCUACUGGCCUUACGACCAAGGUUGCACCUUAUGAAAUCAUUCAAUUGGAUAAAUUUGAAAGUUCAUCUGCCGCUCGAGUGCUGAAUGAUGGAUACGUUGAGCAAUGGAAUCAAGAGUCUGAGCAUAAUAAACAUUCUUUGCACCAGAAAGGAAAGGGAUUGUUGGACUUUAGUUCAUAUUCACUUCCUCGAGCUGCUGUUGGGUUUUUCACAAGUAUUACGACAAGCCUCUUCAGUUAUCUGGUUUCCAAAUCACUGCCAGGUACAUCUGGCCCUAUUUCAGAAGAUGCACAUGAUGUGACUAUCAAUGAGAAAUGUCUGGAAUCUUGCAAUUUGUGCACUGAGGAACCACCAACUAUAGUAGGUGACUUGCAUACGCUUGGAGAAACUAAAAGGGAGCUGGAAUUCAAAGUUAUCCCAGAAAAUGAAGCCUUUUCAUUUUCAUCAGGCAACAAGAACAUAGAAGAGUUUAGGCAGUUUGAUAUGGUUAGCGGUUGCUACGACCACUAUUUUGUUGAUGGUGCUGGCAAGGGAUUAACGUUGUCUCAGGUGAAAAGAAGUUGGUUGAAGAAGGUUCGGCAAGAAUGGAGCAUCCUGGAGAAAGAUCUUCCUGAAACAAUUUAUGUCCGUCUCUACGAGGAGAGGAUGGAUUUGUUGCGGGCAGCCAUCAUAGGAGCAUCUGGAACUCCAUACCAUGACGGACUUUUCUUUUUUGAUAUUAUUCUGCCUCCAGAGUAUCCUCAUGAGCCACCUUUGGUGCACUACAAUUCUGGAGGACUCCGAAUCAACCCUAACUUGUAUGAGUCUGGAAAGGUCUGUCUCAGUCUUCUCAAUACAUGGACAGGCACGUCUUCUGAAGUAUGGAAUCCCGAAAGCUCCACUAUUCUCCAAGUUCUUCUCUCAUUACAGGCCCUUGUGCUUAAUGAAAAGCCUUAUUUCAAUGAAGCUGGAUAUGAUGGGCUUAUGGGAAGAGCUGAAGGAGAGAGAAACUCAGUGAGCUACAAUGAAAAUGCAUUCCUUGUUAGCUGCAAAUCAAUACUAUACCUACUACACAAUCCACCCAAGCAUUUUGAGGCACUUGUGGAGGAGCACUUUAGCCGACGUUCCAAAUAUAUUCUUUUGGCCUGUAAGGCAUACAUGGAAGGUGCUCCAGUAGGUUGCGCUUUUGGAUGCAAAAAAACCGAGCAAGAAAAUCAACUGGGAAGCUCGACAGGGUUCAAGAUCAUUCUUGCUAAGCUCUUCCCUAGGCUUGUGGAAGCAUUUUCUGACAAGGGUAUUGAUUGCAGCCAAUUUAUUGAACCGGGAAUCUGAAUGUGCUGCAGUGGAGGUAUGUAAGAUGAAUAACUGAUCGAGAUGAUUAUCGCAUGUGUUUAAUAAGCUGUGGUUUGUAAAAAAAAAAAAAUUGGUUGUGUUUUUUCCUUUGUUAUGGUUGUUAUGUGUGUGUGUGUAUAUUUGGAAGAAAAACUGAACACUUGAUGGGAAAUGUUGCUCUGUAUGUAUCAUAUAAUAGUUUUUAGAAUUCUUAAUAUCAAGAAGAGCAGUUGGAUUGGCUUGUUUGAUA